AACCGCGACGAAACCAACACCAGGCCGUUGCUUCCCGGUUCACACCACCUCACCUGCAUUCCCUUCCACAUGGCCGCCGCCGCUUCCCUCUCCCCUCCCCUCCACGCGCGCCUCCUCCUCCUCCCCCCGAACCCCGCCUCCCCGUCCUUCCCCACGAGCGGCGCCCGGCGAAGGCCUCCGCGCCACCUCCACCUCUUCGCGAAGCCGCCGUCGCGGAACGGGAGCUCCUCGCCGGAGACCGAGUGGUGCCCCGUGCCGCCGGAGCAGCGGCCCGUGAACGAGUACGAGGCGCUGGCGGCCUCGCUACCAUUUUCCUGGGCGGCGGGGGACCUCCGCGUCUACUGCUCCCGCCUCACGCUCACGGGCGCCGCCUUCGCGCUCUUCGUUGGGCUCCCCGUCGUCGCCUUCGGCGGGCGAGGCGGGGCAGGCGGCGACGGCUUGCACCUCGCGCUCGGGACCGCCGGGUCCGGUAUCCUCGCCGUCACGCUCGCCGUGGUGCGGAUGUACCUCGGGUGGGCCUACGUCGGCAACCGCCUGCUCAGCGCCACCGUGGAGUAUGAAGAGACGGGAUGGUACGAUGGGCAGAUAUGGAUCAAAACCCCUGAAGUGCUAGCUCGUGAUCGGCUUCUAGGUUCAUUUUCUGUCAAGCCUGUGCUGAACAGAGUGAAGUUCACCUUGGUGGGUCUGGCAAUCUCCCUUAUCUUUUGCAUUCUUCUUUACGUCAACACUGAAAAUCCAAAGGAACCGUAUGAAAGUACCCGCGGAAGAGCUAUCCCUGGAGUGUACAGUGAUACCGCUGCGAGGUCAUUUGAGCCUGAUGCGUUCUGUGGAGAACCUGAUCUGUCGUAACAAUAUAAGGCAUGGAGGAUACAUGCGUGCCUUCGUAGUGCUAGGAGGGGAGGGCACAGGGUCGAAAAAUACAAGUAUAGAACAUAGGCUAUAGGUAUUCCAGUAAAAGAUGAUCACAGGAUGUAUCAGUUUCAUCUUGUCUUCCCAUUGUAAAUGGUGGGUGCUUCCAUUGCUGCUGUUAUUGAAUUUUGUGAUGAAUCAGGGUAAUGUAAAUAUUUAACCA